UGUGGACAGGACUGGAUCCCUGGCUGCAGGAGAGAAAUACAAGGAAGACCUCAUCGUGUACAAAAACCUCUUUUCUGCUCCACAUUGCUGCCCCAUCGAUGUGUGUGUGCGUGUGUGAAUGCGUGUGUGUUUGCACGAGUCUGACAGGCUGCCUCUCCCAACUCCUCUAUAACCACGAUCCGAGUUACAGAGGAGGCUGCCGACUCAAGCCUCCAUCCGCCAUUUUCAGCAGAUUGGAGGCAGGUAGAGCACAAAAAUCACAAGUCCCCGCUCAGAUAAAGCAGAUCAUGGCUAUAACUGGUGGGAUGGUGGAAAGUCUAGAAGAAAUUCCAGCUCAUGUGUGGACGGGUUUACCAGACUGUCUGAGUCUGGCACCUUCUGCCAUAAAUCAAAACCGCAUUGGUGUCUAUGCCACUCGGGUCAUUCCUAAAGGAAAGAGGUUUGGCCCAUUCAUUGGAGAGAAGAAGAAGAGGUCCCAGGUGACAAGUAAUGUGUACAUGUGGGAGGUUUAUUUCCCAGCUCGGGGGUGGAUGUGUGUCGAUGCCACAGACCCCAUGAAGGGGAACUGGCUGAGAUAUGUGAACUGGGCUCGGUCAAGUGAAGAGCAGAAUCUUUUCCCUUUGGAGAUCAACAGAGCUAUUCACUACAAGGUUUUAAGGCCUAUCGGGCCGGGAGAGGAGCUGCUGGUGUGGUACACUGUGGAAGACAACCCUGAGAUAACAGCUGCACUGGAGGAAGAAAGAGCCAGCAGUCUGAGCAGGAAAAACUCACCCAGGGCGAAGCGAGCCAGAAGAAAGCUGCUGGAGCGAGCCAGACAGGCUGGUUUGGGUGGAUUCAAGAAAACAAGUGUAACUGAACCUACUGUCAAGGAAAUGUGGGAUGGGGAUGACGGUCUAAAGGAGGGGGAUGAGAGGACAUCAGCCUUUGGGCCCCCACAGGAACUCCAGGAAACCCAUCCCACGAGAAGCACUGACCAUAGAAAUUUGGAGGACAAGUCAGCAGUAAUGACAGACAGAGGAAACGGUGAGCAGGAGGAAGAUGAGGAAGACGAAGAAGAGGAGGAUGCUGAUGAUCUGGAGGAGCCAAGGGAAGCAAAUCAGCAAACUGCUCAACAUUCACCUGCGACCGAUUUCAUGCAAAAUAAGGGGACACGUGGUGAAGAAAGCCUUAAGUCUUGGCAGGGAAAGGUGGAGUCUUCCUCACUUGCAGGGCAAGAGCUAGAGGUUGAUCCUGAUCUAGACCAUGACCCUGACCAAGAUGGUGAUCAUGAGGUAGAUCCAAAUGGAGAGUCGUAUCCCUGUCAGCACUGUGAGCGCCACUUCUCCACCAGGCAGGGUCUGGAACGUCACAAUCACAUUCAUACCAUCACUAACCAGCAAUCACAACUGUUCAAGUGCCGGUACUGCAGUAAGGCUUUUGGUUCCCAGGUGGGGAGGCGGAGGCAUGAGAGGAGGCAUGAGAGUGGGCCUAAAAAAAGGCCUGGCUCUCUGGCGGGGACUGCCUGUCUGCUCAGUCCUGUUGUGCAGACCGACGGCUCAAGCCCAGACUGCACCAGCCCCUCCAGACAAUAUAUAGCCAUAGGGUCUCAGUUUACUGCAGGGGUGUCUCAGUUUACUGGAGGAUCUCUGCACAACUCUCAGGUGCAGAGAAAGGAGCUUCGUGUCGACCGUCCCUUCAUGUUGGAUGAAAAUGGGGAGUCUAAGGAACUCCAUCCCUGCAAGUACUGUAACAAAGCAUUCGGCACACACACCAACAUGCGACGACACCAACGCAGAAUACAUGAACGACACCUGUUACCAAAGGGAGUUCGUAGGAAAGGCAUGCUGCUGCAAGAGGCCUCAGCAAAGCAGCAACCAGACGAGUCUCCCAGCACCAGCCCUCCGCCUGUCUAUGUGCCCAGUGCGGACACAGAAGAUGAGGCAGACAGAGACGAUUAUGCAGUGGACAUAUCCAAAAACAUCUCUGAGAAUUUGAGCUUCUACAUUGAUGGUAAAAUUGUCUCCACUAGUACAGUGAGCACCUGUGAGGUGAUAGAGGUGGACUCUAGGUCUGCAGCUCUGUUUGGUCUGGACACAGUCAUCCUCAGUCCAAAUCAGAUCGGUCAGGCCCUGAAGGUGGAGAAUAGAACCACUGCUACAAAGCCAGUCUCGAACAUGGGUCAGCCAGCAGCAAAAAGAAGAACAUCUACACCCCCACUUGUUCCCAGCCUCAAAGUAGAGACAGAAACUGCAUCCUUCACAGCCUCUUCGUCAUCUUCAUCAUCAUCUACAUCUUCCUCAUCGAACUUGUUAGUGGGAGGUCUCUUCCAACAAGCUGCAGAUUCAUCAGCAUUUCAACGAGAGAAAACUGUUUACCUCUCACCCAAGCUCAAGCAGCUUCUUCAGACACAAGACAUUCAGAAAUCAACAAUCACUCUGAUAACAGAAAGCCAUAGACUUGCCUCUCCGCUGUCGGUCACGCCACUGCCAGGAGUUUCAGGGAGGUUUAAAAGAAGAACGGCCUCUCCCCCGUCUUCUCCACAGCUCAGUCCUGCAUGUAAAACCGAGAGCUGUAGAACUGAGGUUUCAAGCUCAUUCACCCUAAAGGUGCCAAAGGUAGAAAGCCGUAGUGCAUCACCUCCUGGGAGUCUGCUGGACAAGGAAGAAGGAGACAGCCUGAGCCUUCCUGGAAAUGAUUUAAACAGCCAAACUUCUAGUAGUAGUGGUGGUAAUUCCUGUAAUCAGCAGCCCUUGGAUCUGUCAAACUCUGUGAGCCGGAGAAGUGACAGUUUGAACAAGGUGCUUGGGGAUUCAGCUCUUGAUUUAAGCUUGCAUCGGAAGAGCAGUGUCGAGCCUGAAUUAAAGGGAAGUUCAGCACCACAGCCACUGAUUAAAAAGAGAAAGCCCAACACCAGCAUGCUUGAAAAGGUGCUGAUGAAUGAGUAUGCAGGUCUUACUUUGCCAGGUGACGAUGGCGCUUCAUCUUUAGUAAAUCUAAGUAGUUAUAAUUCUCACUCUCCAAAUCUUUCAUCAGAGUCUGCACACCCCUCUCCGCCCUCUUUGACCCCCGUCACCAUGAACCCCUCUUCUCCCGGCACAUCCAGUGUGACGUCUCCGACACCACCCCCGCCUGUACUACCUACCAUACCCUCCCCUCCACCUAUGCCUAGCUCUCCACUUUCUCAGCCUUCAGACUCCUCUGCACUGAGACCACUUCCUGUCCUCUCGCCAAAAACGUCUCCAAGAUCAGUUGAACACCAACUCCAGUCAGACUCGGAGGAGAUCAUGUCAGCUGAGGAAAACAAAGAAGAGGAAGAGAACCAUAUCCCCAAGCCACUGCAAUCCCCAAACAACCCACUGAAAGAUUCCCCCAAUUUCUGCCCAUCUGAGCCCGCACCAGUUGAACUCUCUCCCUCAGAAGCAGAUGUUUCUUUAACUACAACUUCCAACAGUAUGCUUAACGGCAAAAUGAACCAAAUCCCUGAUUCUGUAAAAGAGAAUCCUCUCUCACCCCAGCCAGAGCCCUCACCUUCCGCAUCAUCUCCAUCUCCUUCACCACGUGAUCCAACCCCGGCACCUGUCUCACCAUCCUUCCCUCAGAUUAAGAUUAAAACAGAGCCUCAGCACAGCGUGGAUGAGAUGUCAGUCAUGAAUCAUGCACCUGAGGGUGUCAUUGACUCUUCAUCUCAGCCUGAUGCUCCUGAAAAAGCGGUUGAGAAAACCGCUGAAGGGGAGGAAGUCGACGCGACAUUCUGCAAGUCCUUUGUGUGUAAUGUCUGCGAAGGGCCGUUCAACUCCAUCAAAGAGCUCAGUGGACACAUCACAGAGCAUGCUGCUGACUGGCCCUUUAAAUGUGAAUUCUGCGUGCAGCUGUUUGGUGAUGCCCUGGCCCUGCUGGCUCAUCGGACAACACUUCACGGAGUGGGAAAGAUCUUUGUGUGCUCCGUUUGCUCCAAGGAGUUUGCAUUUUUCUGUAACCUCCAGCAGCACCAGAAGGACCUGCAUCCAAAUGAGACAUGCUCACAUACUACUGUAGAAAGCGGGAAGCUUAGACCACAAAACUACACAGAUCCCUUCAGAGCCAAAGAGGAAAGCUGUCCCUCAACACCAGCACCAGAGACCACAAAUGAAGCUUCUCCACACAAUGACUCUGAUUUAGCAAAAGAAGAGCCUGAUGUUAAUGGUAAUCAUACAGAGGAAGGACCAGAGGACCCCAACGAAGAGCUGUACACUACAAUAAAAAUCAUGGCCUCAGAAGGAGGGAAGGAUAAAGGACCUGAUGUCCGUCUUGGCAUCAAUCAACACUACCCCAGUUAUAAACCACCCCCUUUUCCUUAUCACAGCCGCUCCCAUGCUGGCUCUGUGGCCUCGGCUACUAACUUCACCACCCACAACAUACCACAAACUUUCAGCACUGCCAUUCGCUGCACCAAGUGUGGUAACAGCUUUGACAACAUGCCUGAACUGCACAAGCACAUUUUGGCCUGCGCUAAUGCUAGUGAUAAGAAGCGCUACACUCCCAAGAAAAACCCCAUCCCCCUCAAGCAAAUAGUUAAGAGUCCUAAUGGGGUCGUGUCGCCCUCAGCAGCCACUGCAGGCCACAAUGCUUUCCGUAGAAUGGGUCAGCCAAAGAGACUUAACUUUAAUCAAGAUGCCGUUAAAACAAAAAUGAGUGCCCUCAGUAAAAAGAGAAACCAGUUGGUCCAGAAGGCGAUUUCACAAAGAAAUAAAGCUGUCACCAAUGCAAAAAAGACAGUUAAAGUUGAGGAAGAGCCAGUCUCCAACGUCUGCCCCCACUGCAGCCGGGAGUUUACUUAUCCUGCGAGUCUCAAUAAACAUAUGGUCGUCAGCUGUCCCAUGAAACCUGUGGUUAAAAAGGGCAAAAAAGGUCUUGCAGAGGUGAAAAAAGAGGCAGCACCUGUGAUAGAUAAAAACAUGAAUCUACGGAAGAAAGCUUCAGACUGUGAAAUCCCGCAGACAGAGCAGGGGUCCAAACCCCUGGGAAAGACCAGAGCCCGUAGCUCAGGUGCAGCAGAGCCUGAACCAUCCCCGACCAGCAAAGGAAAAACGGCUGCUACCCAGGGCCGUCAAAAGAGGCCGGCCUCGUUCCCCGCACCAGUUCCUCCCAGCAAAAAAGCAAAGAAGGGCCAAGUUCAGUCUCUACCUCCCACCCCAACAGCCCCAGAACCUCCCAGUGAAACUGCACCACAACGGCCGGCUAUGAGAAUGCAGCGAAUGGGUAAGGAGGCAGCACCCAAGAAAUUAGCAGAGGCCAAACCCCCUCCAACACCACAACAGCUGAAGAAAGAGGUGCGGUUGCCCACUAGAACAAGGGAGAGGGUAGGUGGUCCAGUCACCAGGAGCUUACAGAUAGCAGCAAACACGGCUCCCUCUGCUGACGUGAAAACUGAAGAACCACCGAUUCAAGAGCCAAAGGAGACUCAGGAGCUGCUGAUGAAGUGAGCCAUGUGGACUUGAACCCUUCCUGGGAAUAUGGUUCUCACCUCUCAGCUCUGGUCUAAUCAAGGCACUGACAGCACUGAGGUGGACUCUUUUGUGGUGGGCUUAUUCACUCUAAAACAAUUGAAGUCUGCUUCUCUCACCUGCCUUUGCUGGAUUUAAGGAGGGAACUCUCUUUAUCUUCCAUCUUUUGAACUGAACUGAGCCUUGAAUUUAGCCAGCCUUGCAAAAAAAAAGGAAAUUGUAAAUGACAAUGAGUUAAUAUAUACACAACGUGUCAUUACUUGACCCAAAACAGUAACGUUAGGGCUCCGUUAUUCUGGGAAGCUGACAUAUUGCAAAAGGCAAUCAUGUGUCAGUUAGGGUUAGGGAAACUUGUUUAUUCUUUUGUUCCGUCUUUUCCCCGUUUGGUUGUUUAGAUUUUUGGAUGUUUCCAGAGUCUCUUAAUGCAUGUGCUGAUUAGAGUAUAAACUAGAUAAAGCCAAUUUCCAUGUCUUUCCCAAUGGGCACCGACUUCAGUUUAUACAUGAUUUGCAAAGUAUGUAUGUUUGAUUUAAUUUCUGUAGUCAUUAUAUUGUAGAAUAUAUCUUAUUGGCAUAUUUUUGUUUGGGAAACAAAAAUAGAAAUGGCAGUCUUUGACUGCAACAAUUGGUCCUCAGGAACACUGUGUAUGUGUGUGUGGUAAGUAUGUGUAUGGUAAUGAUUGGAUGUGUGGCCUGCCAGCUAUUCCUUUAGUCUAAAUCCCCGGUAUGUGUCAUGUUUUUUACUUGCUUCCUCAGAAGUUUUCCUUAUCUGACGUUAGCAGGUAAUUCCAGUCGUGAAAUGAUGGGAAUUAUGUUGAAGUCUCCUUAAAAAAGAUGUCCGUCUCGAAAAUAAUUUUUAAUGUCACCCAUUCAGCCUAGUGUUCUUACAGCACUUUAAAACAAACUGCCAAAUUUUUCUAGCUGGAUCAUAUCGAUUGGCUUAAUUAAAUGAAAAAUAAUGGAAUGUAUUCAGGUCUUUUGCACAUUGCAUGCAUGCAAUUUGGUGCAGAUGAUUCAUCUAAUCUAAAAAAAACGACUUUUACAGCCUCUAAGCCAACAAAUCUCUUAUUUAUUUUCUCCAUUUAAGUAAUUUAAAACACAUUAAUGAUACAUGAACCAACUUUUAAAUGCCAAAAUGCAUGAUGAUAACUCAAAUCUUUGAAUGCUGCAGCGUUUUUAUUUAAUGUCCCUUAUUAGGGACGUGGAAAAAGUUGUUUCAUGUGUCGUUUUUCUUUUGAGAGCCAUGCCACAGUAAUGUAACUGAAGGACAAUGUCAUCUUUGUUUCAGUUAGUUCAUAUCUUUGGUAAAACUGCCAAUGAAAAUCUUCUUAUUUUUAGUUUAGUCUACCCAGUGCUCACCCCCACUCAGUCUCACUCAGUCGUACCACAGAGACGGCAGACACACAGGCAGUGCUUUAACAUUUGUAGCAUGUUUAUGGGAAAAUAAAUUGAUAAAUAUGAUUUGAAGCUAAUUUAUAUUUCCUCGAGAAAUCUUCAUGUUUUGCCUUUCAGCAUCAAGAUUAUGUAUUUAAGGAUGAACAAAGACAAAAAUCCCGAAUGACCUCAAGUAAAACAUUGCUGUAAUUGACAAAAUAAAAAAAAAGGUUUUUCAAUUUCUGUGAAA